AUGGAACAGGCUGACUCGGGCUGCACUGCAGCUGGACUAGAAAUACUACACGAUCACAACGGUUCCUCUGCAAGAUGCCCGAAUUGCAGACUAGAAUUCGUCUCAAAUCUCGCUGUUUUGGAUCAUCUCAAUGAUCCGGUGCAUUCUUGUUGGAGCAACGAACCCACUUACCGCUUACCAGUUCCUCCAGCUUUCCAACGAGGCGAUAGCGGCCAGGAAGAGGUAACUGGCCAGUAUCAUUCAAAAUCAGGGUACCUUUUUGGUCGGGGACACAAUAUCUUGCAGACAAUGGAGGAUCAUGAUCCUGACCAAAAGCGCCGCAGAGCAAUAAAUCCCUCAUACCCAUUCGUCGAUCAGGCUGAAUGGCAGCUAGCAGAAUUCAUCGUGCAGCGGCUGACCAAAACCGACAUUAACAAGUUUCUGAAACUAGACUGGUUUAAAACUAGUAGAUCCCGACCAUCCUUCAAGAGCGCAGAUCAACUAUUUGGCUGGAUUGAUGUAUUGCCAAGUGGCCCUCAGUGGCAAUCAACGACAUUCGAGUUUAUCGACUACACAACUGCGAGGCCAAUGGAACUCAUCUGGCGUGACGGUCUUGAAGUCGUUAAAGAUCUCUUUGCAAACCCGAUAUUUUCCAAUCACAUGAUGUACGAUCCCCACCUUGUUAUGACUGGCUCAGAGCGUGAAUACGGCGAAUUCUUCACUAGUGAGAGGGCUUUCACCAUUCAAAAUGACCUUCCAGAAGGCGCCACUAUAGUACCAAUCAUUCUUGCAUCUGACAAAACGCCCGUAACCAGGAUGACAGGAGGAUUAGAAAUGCACCCAAUAUUCCUUACGAUUGGCAAUAUUCAAUCCGAAGUUCGAAUGAAGGCCACCGCUCAUGCAUGGCGUUGUAUCGCAUUUAUCCCAAUUCCGAAGUUCGAUGCUCACGCAGACUAUCAAACGCUCCUCCAUGCCCGUCUCUUCCACAAAUGUAUGGACACGAUAUUCGCCAGAUGCAAAGUUGCCACAAAGAUUGGUGAAUACAUGGCAGAUCCCAUGGGUUAUAUCCGGCACUGUUUUACUCCGCUUGUCGCCUACACAGCCGACCUUCCUGAAGCACAGCUUGUUGCUUGUGUCUCGAAGAACGCAUCACCAGUCACGAUGGCCACUCAAAGUGACUUCGGUAGUGCUCAUAUCUAUCCCCCUCGAACAGGCCAACACACGCUCACGCUCAUCUACGACCUAUCCAAACGCAUUGAUCCAUGGAGUGUACCGCGCUUCCAAGUCGAAGCUAAAUCGUUGAUGCUUAGUGGCGUCCAUCAACCGUUUUGGAGAGAUUGGAGGUUUGCGGAUCCUGGUUAUAUGUUGCCUGGCGAACUCCUUCACACCUGUCAUAAGUUUUUUGGUGACCAUGCUCUAAAAUGGUGCAAGGAAGUUGUUGGGGAGGAGGAACUCGAUGCGCGUUACAAGGCUCACCAUAAACGAGUCGGAACACGUCAUUUUGGCUCUGGCGUCUCCCACAUCAGCCAGAUGACUUGCCGGGAACAUCGCGACAUUGAACGCACCAUGAUUGCCACUAUCGCUGGCGCGACAAAUGCAACCCCCGAUUUCGUUCAUGCUAUACGUGCCCUCACCGAGUUCUUUUAUCAGGCACAGAGCCCCGUGCACACCGACUCAUCCAUCGCUUCUAUGGUUCAGUCCCUCGACGAGUUUCAUCGCUUAAAACAAGGCAUCCUCGAUGCCGGUGCUCGGAGAGGCAAGCGUGGAACCAUCGACAACUUUCUCAUCCCAAAGUUGGAGUUGUUUCACAGCUUUGCUGGAUCUAUCAGAGCUCUCGGUGGUUUGAUACAGUACUCAGCAGACGUCAGCGAACGGCUGUUGAUUACUCACUGCAAGUUUCCAUUCGAAAGGACCAGCCGGCAAGCCAAGAGUUUUACUUUACAGGUUGUUCAAAUUCUCAAUCGCGACGAAACCAUGCAGCGUUUCAAUCUUUACACGCUCCUGCAGACGCAUGGCGCACCGCUCGUUAAUGCCAUUGCUGCUGAAGAUGAUAUCGUCGCAGAGACAGAUCCUACCUUGGCAUGGAUAGCCCGCACGCUCCCAAGUCAGCAGAAGCGCUUCCAUGGUCCACGUCCAGUCCGCAACCACUUCAUAACAGGACUUCUUUCUGCAGAAGCUACUGCUGCAUUCCAUGUCACGGUCGCACCUGAUCGAAAAUCAUUUACCGUCCCCGAUCUGCAGUACACCUACGCCCUUCCUGACUUUGCUGUGGCGCUCACUGAGUAUAUUAGUAAGUCAUCCCAGGGUGCCCCAACAACAUCGUGGACCUGUCGGGGAGGUUCGGUUAGGACGUGGAACAAGUUCCGCAUACAACUCCUCUCCAACUUCCAGUCACGAGUUGUCAUGCCAAGUCAAAUCGUCCAGUCGUAUCCGCCCUCAGAGGCAUUCCCUUUUGGGAAUUGUGACGCAGUUCUCGUACAAUUAACUGAGAGUAAUGACGUCUACAUCGCACAAGUGCGUUGCGUUUUCCAACCUACCGCCAAGAAAGGCCGUACUUUGCCUCGCUAUCUUGAAGCUGCACCUCUCUUAUACGUUCAAUACUUCCAGAUCAAAGCCACGCCUGCUGACGAGCCAAGCGUUGGGAUGUACAGGGUGAAACGAAUCUUUCAUCAGGAUGAGACAGGUCGGAUCUUCCGACCUGGCAGCAUCAUUCCACUGACGGCUGUUACUUGUGCCGUCGAGCUCGUCCCUGUGUAUGGUUCGAAGAUGAAUCGCACGAUAACUGCUGCAAACUCGUUAGAGGUCUGUGAUGAUUACUACCUGAAUAAAUUUUCAGACAAGGAGGUUUUCCAUACGAUGCACACAGAUCUAAUGUAG